GUUUAGGUCGAUGUUACCUAGUGCUUUCCUUGCGCCAACAUGUUGAGGGUUUCUAGCGAUCCCCCGAGAGGUGUGGGUCGGAGUAACUAUGGUCUUUUUAGAUCGCUGUUAUUGGAGCUGUCCAACAGUUUGACAGCUAACGAACUGGAGGAGCUUAAAUUCCUGUGUGGAGAUGUUCUUCCUAGAGGCAGAUUGGAUAGCAUCAAAAAAGGAUUCGAACUUUUUGAGGCUUUGGAACACCUCAACAAGCUCUCAGAAAAAAAAAGGGAUUUCCUGGCGUCCAAACUGAGCGCUCUUAACAGAGUUGAUUUGAGCAACAAACUUUUAGGAACACAAGGUUAGUUGUAGCCCGAGGUAGUGAUCCAAAGAGGUUUUGUUUUAAACUCAAUGUAGUGCUCGAAUAUUGCUAGCCUCCUACGCAGACGUUCUUACUGGUUCGUCACGCGUUCCUGCCCCACAUUGAAUCGAGAGACAAAUGGUUUAUGGAAUAAGCAAAUAGUUCAAUGUAAUGUCGAAUGAUUGAAUCGAGAAACAAAAGGUUUAAUUAAGGCAUACGCAAAUGGGUUAAUGUAAUGCCAAAUGAUGGAAUCGAGGGACAAAUGGUUUAUGGAAUACGCAAAUAGUUCAAUGUAAUGUUGUACGAUUGAAUCGAGAAACAAAUGGUUUAAUUAAGGCAUACGCAAAUGGGUUAAUGUAAUGCCGAAUGAUUGAAUCGAGGGACAAAUGGUUUAUGGAAUACGCAAAUAGUUCAAUGUAAUGUUGUACGAUUGGAUCGAGAAACAAAUGGUUUAAUUAAGGCAUACGCAAAUGGGUUAAUGUAAUGCCGAAUGAUUUAUCGAGACUGAGGGGGGAGGUACAGGACGGUAAAUCUCCCUCCUCCCUACUUUUUGGGGCAAUUUCUCCCUCCUCCCUAAACUUGGUUUAAAAAUUAAUGGCGGGCAACACAUAACUCCUGCACUUAGUGGUAAAGGAAGUCUAAUGACCUUCAGAGCUUGUACUACACGAAGAAGGCCUAACCACCAUAUGUAUGCAUACGAAGAUUUUAUGGAGGGAAAGCCCAUACACCCACCCCCGGGGGAGUUCUCCCUUAUUGUUGGCUUUCACAUGACGUCACUAAAAUUCAAACUAAAAAACUAUCGAUCCUACCGAGAUUUUACUUUCACGAUGCAUUAGAGCAGCUGAAAACUAAUUUUCAUACAAAUUUUCACUUCAAAAGGGUUCUUGGUUUUGUGAUAGAGUACGCUUGAAUUUCUAAGCUUUUGCGUGAUGCGGCAUUUACACGACGGCCAAGAGAGCUGCCAUGUAGGUUAAAAAAAUGACUUAUUUCAGGAAAUUUUGCUAUGAGUUUCUCGAAGAAUAAAUUCCCGCUUUUGUAGCAAAACUCGGUAACAGAUGUUUCUGUUGGUUUCCGUCCGCCAUGUCGGAGCUCUUCCGGUUGAGCACCAGCAUAGCGUCUCCAUACAAAUCUCUAUAAGUUUGGGUAAAACUUUUCUUCGGAUAUCUCGUAUACGAAAUAUUCCUCUGACCUGAAUCUUGGCGGGGGUCUUGGUAUAUGUACCUCCUUUCAUUUCCCAGAUUCUGGACUUUAUCUAUUGAACGGUUUUGAUUUUUAUUUUGAUCUAUUUUGAAUGGCGUGACACUGAAAACCAGCAAUAUAAGCCAUAUAGGUAUGUGCCGCCCAGGGUUCUCAAUAGAAGGCGGCACCCGGCGAUUGAUCGCCGCUUACUUUGGGAUUUAUAGCCGCUUACUUUGUGUUUAAGUCGCUUUUCUUUGCUUUGUUUUGACACCUCUGGCUUUGCUGAAGAGCCUCCUACUUUAUCAGUGAUCACCUCCUACUUAAAAAUCUAUUGAGAACCCUGGCCGCCUCAAAGGGUAGAGUUUUUGUGCCUUUUCAGUCUUAAACGGGUAUAGAUUUUGCCCAUUUUGGUCUGGAAUCAGUGCCAGAUCCAGUCCUUUAGAUAAGGGGGGGCCGGUCAUCUAGACCCUUAGAUAAGGGAAGGGGGGGGGGGGGUCUGUACCCUGGGUGCCAGAGACUUUUCUAGCUCGGUUUCCGGUUUCUGUCAAGUCUUUACAGUGACCCACGCAAAAAGCCUCUGGAGCAGAGCGCUAUUGCUUUGAUGGCGCCGAUCCAAUCGUUAGCACGGUUAAAUCAGUUGGUCCAGAUUUUGGACAAGACUGCUGAUUGGCUACUAACGACCACCUGAGGGACUUUGAAUCUAACAGACGCUACAAUUGGUUGACAAGAAUAGACCAGCACGUGAAAGAAUAUUUCCAACUUUGCUGUUGUUGUACUCGCCAGAAGUGUUGUGAUGGCAGCUUUGGAAAGUUUUGAAAGACCAUGACAAGCAAUGUACUAGAAGGGUUUGACAGUGUAGACAAGUCAAAAGCUAUGAGCAAACAAGUGGAGUAUUUAAUUUUAUUCAACGCAAUUAAGCUAUUAUCACCAAUUCAGCUUUUGCAGCAGGUUUAAGCUUUAUUAAUUUCCUAUUUCAGACGAUUACAACAUGUUUUGAAAUAGUUGGUAUUGAUGGAUUAGGAAUAUAAAAACAAAACAUGUAUUCUUAGUAUAAAAGAGGGGUCAGAAGGCAACACACGACUUUUACCUCAUGCCAAAAUGCUGCUUGUUCCAAUGAAUUUUUUUCCGUGAUGGGUAGAUUAUGCUCUGGAGAAAAACGUUUCAACUGAGCAAAUUUGAUUUUUAUCGAUUGUUUCAUACUGGGAGGUCGUGACACGCAUAUUGAUUUUCUGCGGUUAUUGUGUCUGGUCGGCAUAUGAUUUGCCCUCUGAUGCAAGAGCAUUUUCUUUGACCUCUUUUGAAAUGUUAAGCUCUUCAAUGCGGCUAAAUGAGGGUUUUAGGUUGUUUAAUUUCUCCAAAGUGCCUCCUGGAUCUGAAUAUUAUAAGCGAUUUUCUUUUGUCCGUGAAAGUGACGGUUUUCUGCAAUGUUUUGUCACGCUGGGCCCAACUCAUUAGCGUUUUUAGCAGAAUGUUAAAUUCUCCCGGAUAGUGAUUUUCAGAUCCAAAUCUCGAAGAAUGGAUUGCAGCUUAAACUGAAGGUACAUCAAUUAUGGAGAACUUCGAUUUGACGCAGUCAUGAUUGCUCUUAAAGCAAUGAAUUUUAAGCUCGAACUUGUCUUUCUAAGGAUAAUGUGGGUCUUUGGACAUUUCUUCACGUGCCGGCCCACAUGAUCACAGUCGGAGACUUUCAGUCUGAUUGGUGUAAAUGUAAUCCGAUAAAAAAGCUCAAAGGUCAACGGGGACGGUAAAAAGCACCGCUCCGUGCCAGAGGUUUUUCUCGCGGCUUCGCCGCUCGUGGCUUCGGCCUUCGGCCAACACCGAAAAUUCCCGCCGCACGCGAGAAAAACCUCUGGUACCCAGGGUAGGAAGUCUGUCUCCAAAAAAAAAAUUUUGGGCGUAAAAAUCAGGGAUCCUCCACUGGGAAUUGGGUAUGGUUUUCGAGGAAACUACGGGGGUGUAACAGUGGGGAGUGUAUGAACGUAUGGACCAUAAGGCUAUGCUAAAGCUACUCACGGGUUGAUAGUUGAGUCAAACUCCUUGGCUGUCUGUAACUCAAAUAAUUACUCCCCUACCUAGCUACGAAUUACCAGACGUUUUUUACUUUCAUACUUUUUGCCCUAUAGUAUGAUUCACUUAUUUUUGUAUAUGUAUUAUCAGAUCUUAUUUGUUAAUUUUUUAUCCAAGCAUUGUAUAUAUUUUAUGAUCGUUUCUUUUAAUGGUUGGUGCGAUGUCUGUAACAGAUUUUACCAACUUAAUAAAUGUAGAUGUAGAUGUAUUUGUCGUUUCAACUCCAAAUGAUUCAGAAAGAAAGAGUAAUAAGCGAAUUCGAAAUGGAUUUUAAGAAAUCUCGUUUGAGCUCUAGUCUAAAUUCUACCUAUACCAGGUCUGAAAAUGGGCUUGGAUUUAAGAGACGGGUCUGAAACGGGUGUGGGAAAUAAUGUUUUUUCAGUGUGAAAUAGGGUCAGGAUUUUAAGAACCGGUCGGCUCACGCCCACCAAAAAUUCCCAGGAAUACCCCCCACAACCCCAAGGGCACCUACCAGGUAUCUAAGAGAAAUACUUUAUCUUAUAUAACGAAAUCUCAUUCCAAUUUUGUGGUGGCAAGUACCUACAGACCCAUGGAACAGCCAUGGGAAUAAACAUGGCCGUUGCUUUUGCUAACAUCGUAAUGGCCAGAAUAGAAGACCAGAUAUUGAGACAGAGUUGUAUUGAACCGCACCCUAGUCACCAGAGGAUUUUUCUCGGGUGCGGCGGGAUGCUUCGGUGUCGCUGCAGGCCAACAGUUCUUUGGCCAAAGGCAGAGGUCACUAGAGGCGAAGCCGCAAGAAAAAAAGCUUUUCACGUGGGUCACUUUAAACAGCUUUACCAAACCAGAAGCCGCACAUAAAAAGUUUCUCGGCACCCAGGCUAAUUGAACCGCUAUUAUAUUGACGAUGUGUUUUCCCUAUGGAACCUAGACAAAAUAAAGAGCUAAAAUUGUGGAAAAGGCAAGUACUAUCAAAUUCACGGCUAAGAUGUGAGAAACAGAGAUCACUUUCUCGGACACAAAAGUGUUCAAAGGGAUUAGAUUCAACAAGGAACCAAUCCUAGAUGUGCAAACACAUAAACCAACCAGGAGCCCAUGAGCCAACAUACAGAAGCCUUUCACAUACUCGUGGCAACCACCAGGCGUGAAGAAAUGCUUCAUUAAAGGAGAAGCGCUCAUUCGUCUAAGGUCUGUUCCUUUCAUGCUCAAACCACUUUUGAGGAAACUAUCAAAGAUUUCGAAAAUCGCCAGGUAAAAAGAGGCUACCCGGUCCCUAUUGUGAGAAAGUACCUCUCUGAGUUAAAAUUCGCCACCAGGAAAACAGCCCUUCAACAAAGCAACAAAUCUGCACGUAAAAAACCACUACCAUUUGUUACAAAAUAACGGCUUUGCUUAGACUGAAGAAAAUACUAUGGGAAAAUCCACCUGAUACAAAACCAACGACGGUUCAGAGAAAUCUUUAAGGAAUAUCAUAUUGCAAGGGAAAAUCCUUUAAGGACCAGCUAUUAGUUAGGGCGAAGCUCUGAAGGACAGAGAACUUCCUUUACAACUAAGUGCAGGAGUUGUGUGUUGUGACUGUUGUCACCAAGUUUUAAACAUGGUAACCUGAGAUGCGUCAAAGUUUGAUCCCAUGCUUUCUUGGUUAAGUCCGACCAAGGGAGUCCCAGGAGACCUAAGGGGAUUGUAGUGUACGCCGUUUUCUCUGUCCCCCCAUCCUGCCUUGUCAUGACGCAAGUUAAAGAAAAGCCAUAAAAUUACCUUCUCAUUGUAAUCUCCCUACUCCCAGCAUUUCAUUUUCUCCCUCCACCGUACAUUUUUGCCCCGAUUUCUCCCUCCUCCCUUCUUUUUCGGGCCAUUUCUCCCUCCUCCCUAUUAUGUACCUCCCCCCUCGAGACUGAAGUGGAGCUACGACAAAACAAAUUGCUGGUUUUCAGUGUCAUGCCAUUCAAAAUAGAUCAAAAUAAAAAUCAAAACCAUUCGGUAGAUAAAGUCCAGAAUCUGGGAAAUGAAAGGAGGUAAAUAUACAAAGACCCUCACCAAGAUUUGGGUCGAAGGAAUAAUUCGUAUACGAGAUAUCCAAGGAAAUGUUUUACCCAAAUUUACAGAGCUUUGUAUGGAGACGCCAUGCUGGAGCUCAUCCAGAUGAGCUCCAACAUGGCGGACGGAAACCAACAGAAACAUCUGUUACCGAGUUUUGCUACAAAAGCAUGAAUUUACUCCUAGAGGAACUCAUAAACAUGAAAGUAAUACUUUUUCUAAUACUUGAACUGUUUAGAUAGCAAAAUUCCUCGAAAAAAGUCACUUUUUUGACCUAAAUGACAGCUCUCUCGGCCGUCAUGUAAAUGCUGCGUCACACAAUAGCUUAGAAAUUCAAGCGUACUCUAUUACAAAACCAAGAAACCUUUUGAAGCGAAGAUUUGUUUGAAAAUUAGUUUUCAGCUGCUCUAAUACACCAUGAAAGAAAAAUCUCAGUAGGAUGGAUAGUUUUGUAGUUUGAAUUUUAGUGACGUCAUGUGAAAACCAACAAUAGUGCCAGUGCUGCGUGAAAUAAAAUGGUUUCGCAUGACAUACAAUAGUUGGUAGUCCAGGAGCAUAUGUAAGAAAUAUAGCUCCCAUGGGAAUUUCAUGCUGAAAGCAAGCGACUGGUCUAGAAGUAUUAAGGAGAUUCCAAAUAACAAGAAAAAUCUUGGGGGGUUAAAGAUUAGCUUAACAGACUAUGCAUGAAAACGAGGUUGGGGAAUAAAAUGCCUUAAGACUUUACAAACUGUGGAUAAAAUGACACCAAAAUAACAGGAGAUGUAAAACUCGAUGUUGUCAGUUUUUUCCAUAGCCAAUGGGACACUUCACUAGUCAUGUGACAAAGCUACCAUGAAAACGAGGCCAAGAAAUAAAACUCCUUAUACCUUUAUUAACUGUGGAUAAAACGAAACAAAAAUAAUGGGAGACCUAAAACUCUAUGUUUCCAGUGUUAGCCUUUAAGCCAAUGGGAUAUGACACUAGUCACGUGACGAAUCUAACAUGAAAACAAGGCUGCGAAAUAAAGGUUCUUUUAUAGCUCUUUUAACUGCGAAUAAACCAAAAGCAAAAUAACUGGGAUAUAAAACGCAAUGUUGUGAGUGUUUGCCUAAGCUAGUGGGACGCUGCCACUAGUCAUGUCACAAAGCUAACAUGAAAGCGAGACUGAGCAAUAAACGUAUUAUAAUGCUAUCAACUGUGGAUAAAACGAAACCAAAAUGACAGGAAAUAUGAACCUCAAUGACCUCAGUUUUGGCUUUAGGCAAACAUUGACUUGCUAGUCGCUGAAUUAGGUAUUCUCUGGGAUAUUAGUAUGCGUGGCCAAAGUAAUACAGAAAUGUGCUGGUUUGUAAAAUUUUUGACUGGUCCUUUAAUGUGGAUUAAGAUACUGUGUUUGCGUCCCGCAUCCAGUGUUUUACAGAUAAGAGAUCAAUGUUUCAGCUGUGGUGUACAAGAAAUUUUGUGACCAGACCAGGAUAUGUGAUGCUCUUGUUUUAACCUAUCUUUAAGAGUGAUGAAAAGUUAACAGCUUAACUCCUGUAACUGUGAAAUGGUCAACUAAGGAAAAUGCCCAUACAGAAAUGUUUCAGUGUGUCCAACACGAAUUUUGCUUUGCUUUCACUAAUUAUCUUCCCAUGAAACUUAGUCAUAAAAAUCUUCCUCUUCAUCUUCAUGGUCAUCAUCGUUACCAUCACCAUCACCACCAUCAUCAUCAUCAUCAUCACCACCAUCACUGUCAUGCAUAUUUUCACAAAAUUUCCCACUGUCUGAACAACUACAUAAAUCGGUGCAAUUUAGCCCAGCUAUUCUACAUUGGCAGCGUUUUGUUGAACAUUUCUCCUUGGCACAUUUGCACUUUACUAGGUAGGUAGCCUAUUGUGUCUGGAGUGGGUGUGGUAUACAGGCACCCAUCCAUUUUCAUCCGCCGUCCAGCCAAAGUUUUCUGGGGAUGGAAGGAUGGGAUUUGCGAAUUUGAUAGUGAACUCUUAAGAUUGCCUGAUGUAGUGCAGCUUGGGUUGGGGGUAGCCUUUCUGACUGCGCUUGCUUCUUUCGAAAAAACCACCAUCUCAGCUCUUUCACCGUACAAAUAUAUGCCCUUGUAGACUGUUCACAGUCCCCUAUUUUUCCGUGUGAUCGUCGAGAUCGAGCGCGUCUUACCGUUAAUGGCAGCCAUCUUGAUUUUCAGUCGUACCGAGUCUAACCUGGGGAAGAGUAUCAAAUCUACUUAGGGGGCGGGGGACGGUUUGGGAGGAGGCGAGAAAAAUAAUGAAAUUUUUCCAGCCGGAUACCUUUCCUUUUCCAGAAAUGCAGCCUGCGUUGCCAGAUCCACGUAAAGUAUGAAGGGCAGGAAAGGCUGCUGCUUUUGCAGGGCCAAGAACAUGAAAAUAUUGUUUCAAGCUUGAUCUCGCGAUGAUUCUGGCUUGUGCCUGUGACAAAUGAGGUGUUUUUGCAGAGAUGUGGGUAACAUCUAACAGACAAGACAGAAACAUCUUUGUCGGGAGAGUGAAAGGCAUGCUGCUGGAAAACUUUCAUAGAAGCUGACUAAGAAGUCAUCAGUGGCUUUUCAGCUCUUGGAAUAAGUGCGAUUCCCAGCAGAGAGACGAUGGUCUUAAUUGAGAAGUUUGUGUGGCAGCUGUAUGUACCAAGGGCAUAUAUUUGUACGGUGAAAGAGCUGAGAUGGUGGUUUUUUCGAAAGAAGCAAGCGCAGUCAGAAAGGCUACCCCCAACCCAAGCUGCACUAUGUCAGGCAAUCUUAAGAGUUCACUAUCAAAUUCGCAAAUCCCAUCCUUCCAUCCCCAGAAAACUUUGGCUGGACGGCGGUUGAAAAUGGAUGGGUGCCUGUAUACCACACCCACUCCAGACACAAUAGGCUACCUACCUAGUAAAGUGCAAAUGUGCCAAGGAGAAAUGUUCAACAAAACGCUGCCAAUGUAGAAUAGCUGGGCUAAAUUGCACCGAUUUAUGUAGUUGUUCAGACAGUGGGAAAUUUUGUGAAAAUAUGCAUGACAGUGAUGGUGGUGAUGAUGAUGAUGAUGACGGUGGUGAUGGUGAUGGUAACGAUGAUGACCAUGAAGAUGAAGAGGAAGAUUUUUAUGACUAAGUUUCAUGGGAAGAUAAUUAGUGAAAGCAAAGCAAAAUUCGUGUUGGACACACUGAAACAUUUCUGUAUGGGCAUUUUACUUAGUUGACCAUUUCACAGUUACAGGAGUUAAGCUGUUAACUUUUCGUCACUCUUAAAGAUAGGUUAAAACAAGAGCGUCACAUAUCCUGGUCUGGUCACAAAAUUUCUUGUACACCACAGCUGAAACAUUGAUCUCUUAUCUGUAAAACAUUGGAUGCGGGAUGCAAACACAGUAUCUUAAUCCACAUUAAAGGACCAGUCAAAAAUUUUACAAACCAGCACAUUUCUGUAUUACUUUGGCCACGUAUACUAAUAUCCCAGAGAAUACCUAAUUCAGCGACUAGCAAGUCAGUGUUUGCCUAAAGCCAAAACUGAGGUCAUUGAGGUUCAUAUUUCCUGUCAUUUUGGUUUCGUUUUAUCCACAGUUGAUAGCAUUAUAAUACGUUUAUUGCUCAGUCUCGCUUUCAUGUUAGCUUUGUGACGUGACUAGUGGCAGCGUCCCACUAGCUUAGGCAAACACUCACAACAUUGCGUAUUAUAUCCCCGUUAUUUCGGUUUUGGUUUAUUCGCAGUUAAAAGAGCUAUAAAAGAACCUUUAUUUCGCAGCCUUGUUUUCAUGUUAGAUUCGUCACGUGACUAGUGUCAUAUCCCAUUGGCUUAAAGGCUAACACUGGAAACAUUGAGUUGUAUGUCUCCCAUUAUUUUGGUUUCGUUUUAUCCACAGUUAAUAAAGGUAUAAGAAGUUUUAUUUCUCAACCUUGUUUUCAUGCUAGCUUCGUCACUUGACUAGUGAAGUGUCUGAUUGGCUAUGGAAAAAACUGACAACAUCGAGUUUUACAUCUCCUGUUAUUUUGGUGUCAUUUUAUCUACAGUUUGUAAAGUUUUAAGGCAUUUUAUUCCCCAACCUCGUUUUCAUGCGUAGUCUGUUAAGCUAACUUUUUAACCCCCCCUGAAAAGCCUCGGUGUGGGUUAUAAAACUGGCAACAAGACUUUUCUUGUUAUUUGAGGUCUCCUUAAUACUUCUAGACCAGUUGCUUGCUUUCAGCACAAACUUUUCCCAGGAGUACAAAUGCUGCCAGACUAUGGCGCCGAAACCACCAAAAAUACAAGAGUGAAAUGGACAAGUCAAGACUGGCCGGAGUUGUCUAGUUCAUGUGGGGUCGACGUAAUGGUCUUUAUUUAUGGGCCAUACAGUAUAUAGGAACGUUUUUGUUGCCAAAGUUCAAUUUAAAAAAGGGGGGACCCAUUGGACUGGUCUCUAUCUUAAAACCAGAAAAUGUUUCGCCCAGCUGCAGAGACAUCAUUGUUUCAAUGCUCUGGGAGAUUAAUUUCAACUUUAAUUUGUGCAUGUUUUGACUUUUUGGGGGAAAAAACAGGGGCGGAGGGGGCAAGUCCCUCCCUGCCCCUCCCCAUGCUAUGGCCCUGUAAGCAUAUAGGGAAAAUAAAAGGUUGAGGUCAGAUAAUUGUGUAUCUGUUGUUGGUCUACACAUUUUUUGUUUCAAAAUAUUGAUUCGUUUUGGGGGUUUAUUUUUAAAUAAGGGAGCAUAACAUGGAAGGGGGGGGUUAUUUUGAUAAAUUUCAUGAAAGUAUAUUAGUGCAGAGUAUAGACGAGUGUGAAUUGAAUGUAACAGCCGUACAUUGUAAACACCGAUCUCAUACACACGACUUUAGAUGAAGUACGCAGUGAACUUCAGUACUUUUAUAGGUAGAAUAUGCGGGGGAGGAGGGAGUCACAUUCACAAAAUUUACAAUUUAUGGGGGGCAAGAGAAAAUGAGGUGGGGUCAUUUGUAAAACGCUAGGAUGAAUUUAGGAGGGAAGGGUUUGAAAAUAUUCUCAGCUUUCUCAAAAUGGCCACCGCCCCUUCCCUUCACAGCAAUUGAACGACCAGCCCUCAGAAAAAUAGAUAGAUAACUUUAUUUGGACAUGGUAUUUCCAUCAGUAUUUAAUAUUAUAUUACAAAACUAACUGACUAUCUUCCUACUACAAACAAAAAUAGUGACAAAAUAUAAAAAAUUAAAACUGCUUUUCAUGGAGGCCGUGUUAAAAUAAUCAUACUGAAAACUUAAUACCCUUGUCACUAACUAAUGGAAAGAAUAUAUUUUAAAACAGCAAAAUCGACCCACAAAACACAUCGUCUUUAAGAUUUUCCUGAAGGGUAGUCUGUGUAGGUGCAAGAAAGACAAGAAAGGACAUUCAUUCAGGAAAUUGACGGCACAGCUUACCAGAUUUGCAGCUUGUUUUGAAAUUAAACACAUGAAAUCAUGAAUGAGACGAAUCGGGGUCUGGGCAUAGCCGGGUGGAAGUAUUGUCAACAUCCUUCUGCUCCAUUUAUGGAUAAAGAACAUUAUGUCAGACCCCAGGUGGUCUAGACAACUCCAUUCUUGACUUGUCUAUUUCACUCUUGUAUUUUUGGUCAUUUUGGCACCAACUAUUGUAUGUCAUGCGAAACCAUUUUAUUUCACGCAGCACUAAUUGUUUCGCCGUACCUCCACUUCAGUCUUGAUUAAAUCAUUCGACAUUACAUUGAACCUUUUGUCUAUUCCAUAAACCAUUUGCCUCUCGAUUCAAUCAUUCGAUGUUACUUUGAACCAUUGGCUUAUGAGUUAAAGUAAUUGUAAGUGUUUGCGUGAAUUCUUAGUUUACUCAAACCAUCUAGAUUACGCAACAGAGCAGCCAACUGUUCGUUAUCAAGCUUGAUCAUUUCGCACAUGGUAUAUUGAUGGAUUAUAAUUUAAACAAACCAAUUCUUGUUGGCAGUAUCGUUUUAACAUCUACCGGUGGACAGUUUCUCAUCUGACCAAAACGUUUGUAGUUUUGGUGAACCAUUUCACACAAACAACCAGACUAUUUUAUUUUAAGAAUGACCAUUUCUCUUUUAUUUGAACCAUUUCGUAAUUUAUCACUAGACCAUUGACGUUUUGUCUGUGCUAUUUGACAUACUUUUAUUUUUGGUGGUAAUGGCCGCCCAUAGAGAUCAUCUCCCAAGGAGAUCAAGAGUUAAUAGAAAACAAUGACAACAUUAGAAAUAAACGUGAGACGAAACUUGAGUGUCUUAUUUAUGAUGUGUCAGACAAGCAAAUGCAUUUGAUACCAGCAAUGUUGACCGUCUCUGAUCGGAUUCAAACCCUUCCAAAUCGACUCAUAAAGACUCAGGAAACACCUUAAGGUAAAUGACAACUGAUUAUUUUAUUAUCAAUUUACCGUCACAAAUCGCCCGCUGCUCUCUAAAGUGCACUUGUAGAAGAAGUCAGAUGUGCACAUGGUUGUUAGUGUUGUGACCAAGGCUUCUAGUUUGAUGCAGCACGACACGUUACAAAUCCAUAAUUUCGAUACUCAAUAAAAUUUAUCAUAAUCGAAAAUUUUGGUUUUUUUGAUACUAAUUAAUCGAUUAAUAUAGAUAAAAAUCAAUAGCGGAGGUUUUUGUGAUUAUUGAUUUUUAUUGAUUUUAUCAAUUUUUGUAAUUAUAGUUAGAAUAUAUUUUUAAUCAAUUUCCGUUGAUUUGCAUCGGAAAUAUCGAUUUCAUCAUUGGAACUCAAACAAAGAAGAAGACAGAGUUUUAAAUGUAAGGAACAAAAGGAAAAUGGAUAUCGUAAGUGUGAAAAAUGGUAAUUUUCUAGCCUUUCUUGAUUUUUCCUGCCAAAGAAAGGAUGAUAAAAACCCUGACCGGUCUUAAACCACAUGCAGUUUAUAGGUGACUUCAAAGUCCUGUAAUCAGGAGUCAUACCAUGCUAACUUUAUCUCACACCUUGAGUCAAUUGUAUGAAAUACCUUUAAUUAGCUUUAACCCAUUUGCGCGGGGGCUGAAAAAUGCAUUUUGAAGCUAGUUGAGCAGUUUUCUGGUCACUGUCUGGCUAUAAGGGGCUAAAACAUAACGAAAAAGCCAUUGUUAAAAGAUUGUUGUGGCACCAGUUAGUGACAUUAUUCAAAAUGAAAUUAAGUGAGGCAGCUGCCAUGUCAGGAUUUGAGCCAGUUACGUAUAUGGUGGUAUAGCAAGCAUACAUAUGCAGUUCACCUUCACAGUCACUGGCAAUGUCUGGCAAAUCAUUACAGAAGAGAGAAAAUAAAGUGGGACCAAGCACAGAUCCUUGAGGGACACUAAAUGUAACUUUACUCAAGCUAGAACAACAGCCAUUAACAAUGGUGACUUGAUGACGAUCAGUUAAAUAAUCAUUGAUCCAUGCAACUUUUGAAGCAGCACAGAAUGAGAAGUGGAAUCAAAUGUUUUAUUAAAGUCCACAAAUACGAUCCUGACUACCAUCAAGCCCUCGGAUUUCAAAUCCCAUGGAUAACAAUUUUUCGGUUCUGUGCCGAGAGAUCAUGGGAAACCAUGUGUAACAAUUUUUUGGUUCGCUGAAAAUUCAUGGGAGCCCACUUUUAUUUUUUCCAAUGUAAAGAAACAUGUUGUUAAACAUACUUCAAAAUUAAAGGACACCAGUGUCUACUAUUAUUUACAAAAAAACUUCAAUGUCUAUGAAAAUGUCAGAAGAAGGUCAAUUUGAGUAUGUGUGUGCACUGAAGUGUCAAAAACUCCGGACUCCUCUUUGAUCCAACUAGAGAUGUAUACCCACUUGAAAUGUUCACUACAGAUCAUUUUUUCAUAAAGAGAUUCGGGCACGACAUCAUCAGUUUCAACAGUGAAAUAUUAUUGUAAUGUAUCCUUGAUGCAGUAAGAAAGGGCAUGGAUAUUAUAAUAUUGAGUGAAAGGGAGAGAAAACUAAAAAGAUCAUCAUUCUUCUCCCCUGAUUCUGAAAAUAGAACUGUGACAAGUAAUAUAAAAUAUAAUGUUAUUUUGAAUUCCAAACAAAGGAGAAGUAUUUGAAAUAGUAAUAUAUAAUAUUCCAUUGUCAUUUUCAUUGAAAAGUGCUUUUCUGUUUCCUGUCACUGAUAAUUCGUUUUUUUUGGCAUCUUGGUAGUCUCUUUUUUUAAAACUGUUCUGUCUGUUAAAUAUGCAGAAAAUCUUUAAUCAGUCCUACAUACAGUUUUAUAAUAAUUAUUGUAUAUAUACAGUGUAACUAUUAAUAGGACUUCAGGGUCUAAAAAGUCUUUGAAAGGAAAUGUUUUCUACCCUUGAGAAAGGAAUAAUGGCAAACUAAGUGUGGUAACCAUAUAGUGUAUUAGGUCAACUCUCUCUUAUUGGAAAACUCUGACCACUAGUUGUUUCGUUCGACUCCUUGGCUGUAGGUUGUAAAGUAGGCCAACAGGUUGGCCCAAUCCGUCAGUUGGGGUUUUUAACCAUGUUAUAUAUUGUUUUAUUUAUUUCAUUCUCCAGGAGAGAAAGGACAACCAUUGUCAAAUUUAAACGACUUGCGGCGAGCUUUGGCUGGUUUGGCUGUGCCAAUCACUUCCAGUGCACAGGAGUCUUUGCAUGAUGCACCCUCAAGUCCUUCUACCAGGUUAGGUUUGCACAUCUUUUCAGUUUUGUGGCUUGUGAAUAUAGUGCAACUGUUUAGACUGAAGUGAAAGGUCCUGAAACAAAAACCACGCCAAAAACAAAGCAAAAACAAAAAAAAAGCAAAGGGGAAAAAAACAGUGACAACAACAGCAUAAUUUGGAGAGUUUUUUGCAAAGCAUAUUAAGUGUCACCAAGCCAUUUAAUACUGGGCAGUAUAUGCCAGUAGAAUUUGCCGUGAAACUUUCUUAUCCAAUUAUUUCCUGUUUAUUUUAUUCUUUUCUUUUAACUUUGAAGAGGUAGUUGGAGUUAAUCUCUACUUUGUAAAACCCACCAUAAAAUUGAACCAUACAUAUCUGAGACAAAGAAAAAAUUAAGUUUGUUAGAAAGAUUUUAAACUGCAGAAAAAUUUAAACCCCGAUAUUUAAUAUUUUCAUUUCUAUUAUCUGGCAGGAGCCCCAAAAAGGGCUAAUGUACCUUGAAGUCUCUUGAAAAGGCUAUACUGCAAGGACGUUUUGUCAAGAAUAAUGUUUAGACUGCGACAUGAAAAGUUAAUAAGAUUUUUCCUUCUUUUGCCUCUCUAAAUGCCGUUUCUCUGUCUGGUUUAUGGGCUAAGAAUAUGCACUGUCAAUGCAACAGCAAUAUUAGUAAGAAACGGUCCAGAUAAGAACGAUAGCAACAACGGCAACGAACAUGUUGGAAUGCAAAAAAGGUGCUAACUUUUCUAUUGUCUGUACUUACUUCUGAUUGGCUUAAACAGCAAAAGUUAACAAAACUUCAUAAAGUAGUACAUAUAUUCAUCCUUACUUUCCAAACAUCUUCCUUAUAACAAAAUCUGGUCUCAGUUUGAAUAACAAAGAAAUCCUAUGUGGGGAACAUGUAAAAUUGUAAACUUUUCUUGGCUAUUGUUUUCAACUCUUGUGAUUGGUCAA